AUGUCAAAGCGUAAGAGAGUGGUGUUAUCGCUUAAAGACAAAAUAAAUAUUAUUGAUUCAUUGAACAAAGGAGAAACCGGUUGUAAGUUAGCUGAAAAGUAUGGUGUAGGUGCAUCCACGAUAAGUGAUAUUAAGAAGAAUACCGAUUCAAUUUUGUUAUACACCUGCAAAUUUAAACAUCGGAAAGUGAUGAAGAAACCGAAAAAUGAACUUUUAGAUGAAGCUUUGUUUUGUUGGUUUUUACAAGAACGAUCAACGGGGCAACCGAUAUCUGGUCCUUUGCUCUGUGAAAAAGCAUUACAGUUAAAUAAAAAAAUAGGUGGCGAUAAAUCUUUUGUUGCAAGUAACGGGUGGUUGUACAGAUUUAAAUCUCGCCAUGGAAUUCGUGAAUUGGAAAUACAAGGUGAAAAAAUGUCCGCUAAUGUAUAUGCAGCAAACUCUUUUAAAGAUGAUUUUAAGAAACAUUUGGAUGAAAAUAACUAUGACUUAGAUUUUGUUUAUAAUGCUGAUGAAACCGGAUUAAAUUGGAAGUCAUUACCAUCAAAAUCUUCAGUUUCUAUUCGAGAGAAUUCAGCUCCAGGAUAUAAAAGUAGCAAAGAGCGUGUAACAUUAUUAGCUUGCGCUAACGCUACCGGCACACAUAAAAUACCUUUGCUUCUCAUCGGAAAAUCAAAAAAUCCAAGAUGUUUAAAAAAUGUCAGGGUUCCCUUAAUUUAUAAAAAUCAAAAAAGCGCAUGGAUGAACUCUGAAAUAUUCAUAGACUGGUAUGACAAUACUUUUAUCCCUGAAGUAAAAAAAAGACAAAAGAAAAUUGGCAAAGAAGGUAAUGUACUGCUUGUACUGGAUAACGCGCCAACUCAUCCUUCUGCUGAACUUUUGGAGAGAGAAAACAAAAAAUUUAAAGUAAAAUUUUUGCCUCCUAAUGUAACAUCCUUGCUACAACCAAUGGAUCAAGUUAUUGAAACUCUCAAGCGUCUUUAUAGAAAACAGCUUUUACGGAGAUUGCUAUCGGUUGAUGAAGAUAAUGUAGAGGUCGUUGUAUCAUUUUUUAAGAAAAUGAAUUUAAAGGAAUGUUGUUACAUGAUUAUAGAUGCAUGGGACUUGAUUGAAAGAAAAACUUUAAACAAUGCUUGGAACAAAUUACUUAAUAGGGACAUUGAAAAUUCGGUAACGCAUAGUGAUGAUUCAAUUCUGGAGGAUAUUAAGGACUUAAUAUUAAAUAUACAAAUAUGCAAGGAUUGUGAUAAUGAUGAUGUACAAGAGUGGAUCACUUGUGACAGUAACGAUCCAGGCUUUCAGAUGAUGUCGGAUGACGAAGUUAUAGAAAACCUAUUGCAGAGUAAUGAAAAGCAUGAAAUCAAAGAAGAUGAAACAGAAGACAAUCAAGACGAGGAAUAUAAUGCAGGACCAUCACACGAUCAAGCAGUUCAUGCCCUCGAAACAGCUAUGAAAUGGUUUGAAAAACAAACAGAGAGUGAUCCUAUGAGCUUACUGCAGCUGAAACGAAUUCGAGAUAUAGCAGCCAUGAAGAGAAAGAGUGGCUUACGUCAAAUGACGAUAACAAAAUAUUAUAAACCAAAUUAA